GUACAUUUUAUUAUUAAAGGCAAUGCCGAUCUUACAAAGCAUUGAGUAAUAUCUAGGAACAUGUUUCAGGUUUCCAUUUGUCCAAUCCAUCAAAUUGGAUGUUUGCUUCCAAUCAUCAGGCUCAGGACUUCUCUUUUGGUACUUAGGUUGCUGUUAAAUGGGCAGGUGAAGAUGUUGGUGCUUAACUGUUCCACAAAACUGCAGAUCCUGGAACAUAUGUUAAGGAGGAAUUUUCCUGAAUCUCUCAAGGUUUAUGGAGCAGUAUUGCAUAUAAACAGAGGAAAUCCAUUCAAAAAGGAAGUGGUUGUGGAUUCAUGGCCAGAAUUUAAAGCUGUAAUUACUCGCCAACAAAAAGAAGCCAAAAGUGAUGCCCUAGACUAUUUUACUAAUGCCUAUGCUGUUUUCUACAAAAAUCUGCAAGCAUACCAGGCAUUGGUGGAGAACCCUGAAACUAUAAACUGGGAGCAAGUCUUCCAGAUACAAGGUUUACAGGAUGGCUUAUACAAAACUUCCAAGAUUGUUGCUGGUUCCAAGCGUGUAAAUGUGAAGCUAUCUUCAUUCCAAAUGAUAAUCCUCCCAGACCCAGAUGCACUUCCAGAUAUUCAACUUCCGCUAGUUCCUGCACCAAAACUGACUUCCCUUGAUGUAUCUCAUGCAACUCUGCUGAAUAAGACAUGGUCCCGAGGAGGCAGCAACCAAUGCCAGAAGUACCUCCUCAACCUCAUUUGCUGUUUCCCCAGCAUAUGUGUCUUGGAUGAACAUGGAUGCCCCAUCUCCUGGGGUCUGACAGACCAAUUUGCUACUAUGAUCCAUGGCUAUACAGUGCCCAAGCAUCGUAGGAAAGGGUAUAACCGUCUCAUUGCAACAAAUCUAGCUAAGAUGUUACACAGCAAGGGGUUUCCAGCUCAGGGAAAUGUUCUGGAGGAUAAUUUACCAUCAAUAACUCUGCUGAAAAGCAUGAAUGCCAGAUUCUUACCUUGUCAAUUUGUCAGACUUAUCCAUACCCCUUACUGUCUUUUAGCUAAACCUGAGUUAUAAAUGAGUGGUCUUGGUAGAUUUAUAUA